AUGGAAGAUGUGCUUCACGCGGCGUGGAUCACCAGCUACAUGACCAUGCUUGACCUCCACUCUGGCUAUUUUCAGGGGGAGAGCCCCGACGAAAGACCCAUAGACGAUGCCAGUCGCUUGCUGUCGCCUGCUGAGCUCAACUACACCACCACCGAGCGAGAUUCUCUUGCCCUCGUUUGGGUGGCCUAUAACUUCCAGAUCCAGUAUACUCCCGAAAAGGUGUAUGUAAUCUCCGAUGCACUGAGCCGGCCAGCCUGUUGCGAAGUAAACCCAGAUUUUUGCGAGGUAUGCUUAGUGGCUGUGAGUAUUCCACACAGAACGCCUGACAACGUGCGCAUUAAUCAACUUAAGGACCCCGAACUCAAGAGUAUUGGCGACUUAGGGGCAACCGACGAUCCCCUCAGGGAAAAAAGACGGUCAGAGAGAGGAUACCUGGUGUCUUAUGGUGUGUUAUAUAGGUGCGCGCCUGAAUCUGAAGACGCUGAUACCGCUUGCCUCGUAGUCCUUAAGCAUGAGAGGGAGAUGAUGUACUUAUAA